AUGCAGAGCGCCAGAAAGCUCCCCGGCCCGCGCCCCAUUCUGAUCAUCCUCGGCUUGUCCGGUAUAGUGCUCUGUACGCUCAUCACCUCCGAGAAGGCGCUCCGUUCGAUUCUUUCACGUGGUCCCGUGGUAGGGAGCCUUCGUUCCGAGUUGCGGGGUGGCGGUGUCGGCGGAGAUGACGGGGGGGGCGAUCUGGGCGGAAUAAAGGAGGGGGGGACUUUACGAGGAGAUGAGGGGGCGGGCACUUUGCGUGGGCAUGAGGGGGGGGCCAAUCUGGGCGGGAAUGAGGGGGGGGUCGGAAAAGAGUUUGCACUGCUGCGGAGUUCGAUGGGCGUGCUCCAAUCUCAGCUCCAGGCACUAGCGAGUUUGGUGGGAAAAGGCGCCCCGAUUCGCCAGCCGGGGGAUCAGGAGGACAGCAUCUGGAGGGAGGGGGCACCGUGCGAGCACGAAAAACACUACCCCCCCGCCGGGAGAGAAUGGAAGGUCACCGAAUCCAAGUACCUCGUCGCGGGGUGUUUCGUGGGCGGUUUCUCUAACCGCAUGGAAACCCUGCUGGCGUCCGUGAAGGUCGCGGUCGCGCUCCAGCGCACGCUCGUCGUCGCGCCGUUCUUGUCGCUGGAAGAAAGCGCGCUGGGCGUGACCGGCGAUUUCGAUCCCCUGAGCGUCUUGGACCUGGAAUUAGCGCAGGCGUGCGUGGGUGAGGGGCGGGUCAUCUCCUGGGAGCAGUUCACGAAAGUUAACCAGGGGUUAAGCGUUUUGGGUUUGUGCAUCUACUUUCCUGGCGGGGAGGGGCGGUGCGAGCCUGGGCACCAGGUGGGGCGGGACACACUGGGAGUGACGUUCGAAACGGAAGCCAUCAACGGGUUUGAGGUCACGCACAUACCGACGCAGCUGAAUUUUGACGCGGACGUCCUCUGGGCCGCCGAAGCAGCUUUUCUGGGUGCUCUGUGGAACUGGCAGCCGCAGAUGAGCUGUUCAUUGGAGUGGGACUUGUUCCAGCCCUCCGCGGCAAUCCGGUUGGCAGCGCACCGUUUCAUCGCCGGAAUGCUGGGCACGGAUUACGCGAGCUUCCACCUGCGGCGGGGCGACUUCUUCGACUUCAUGGAUCUCGACGCUGACCCCAGCACCUUUUCGCGCGAGCCCGUCUUCACGCAGCUGCGCUACACCGUGACCCCGCUCCCGAAGCUCGCGCACUGCCUGCAUCGCGCGAUCCGCGGCAGCAACUUCACGACGCUGUACGUCGCGUCGGACGCCAACAAGUGGGAGAUGGACACGCUGGAGAAGCUGCUCGCGAGCAGGGGCGUGCAGAUCGUGACGCUGCCGCCGUACCAGGAGUGGGACAAGCACCGCUGGGCACAGGGCCUCGCGCAAAACUCGCAGGUCGCUGCCAUGCUGGACAAGUUCCUGUGCACGACCGCCACCGUGUUAUUCAACAGCCGGGGGUCCACCUUGAUUGAACACGUGGCACUUUCCGAUUCGCAGGUCGCUGCCAUGCUGGACAAGUUCCUGUGCACGACGGCGACAGUGUUCAUCAACAGCCGGGGGUCCAUCUUCUCGGAGCACGUGUUCCGGAUGCGGCGCUCCUGGAGCCUGGACACGUGUCACGACCACGAGGUGUGCACGUUGCCGGGCGACGAGGAUGCGUUCAAUUUCAGAGGCGCCGCCGAGCCCAGCAGCCAGUCCGUGCGUUUGAGAUCAUGA